AUGCCGAAUCAUUUCAACCUGGAGGAUUGCGAACGAUUCCUGCACGACGAAAACCAGUUUAGUCCAGGAGCGUCGAAACGCAUCGAAAAAUACCUUAAAAUUUCUCGAGAAGGCCUGGACGAGUUUUUGAUUCGAUUCCCAGAGAUGAUUCGAAACGAAGAUCAAUUGUUCUAUAUCGUGCGAUUUAUGAGGGCGCAUCACAAGUUCGACACGCAAGAUCACGAAAGAAUUUUCAACAAUUACCUUUUUACAACUAUGGAGAGAAAAGUGACGGAGCUACUCGCUGUUGUGGAGCAAAAAGACCCUCACACGUAUUGGUAUUUGAUGCAUGCUCUGCAGUCAAAACAUUCCCCUUUGUAUGAGCAUCUUCACGGAUCCAUAAGAUGUUGUGUGUGUAAAGAUAUAAAACACAGAGAGAAAGAGGAGGAGUUAUAUUUUUCAGAUUUGGAAAACGAAGGGAAAUUAGUAGUCCCCUUACUUAAAGCUUUGUGUGAAGCAAUUGAGGACAAAGUCUCCAAUGGAAGAUCGUACAUUGAAAAGAUGAGAAAUGCGAGGCAAAAGAUCUUUGAUAUCUACAAAAGAGUGGAGCAAGACAACGUUAAUUGA